UUAACUCCACAAAAACAUUUGGUAUAGUUCUAGGGUUUCAUAUUUCUCAGCAUUACCGAAUCUCAGGAUUUUCCUUGAAGUUACAUCCCGAUCGAAUAGCUGCUUUGUUUUUCUCUUACGAUAAUUGAGACGAUGACUCAAGACGUGGAAAUGAAAGAGCAACAACCAGCUCUUUCCAAUUCUGUCUCCUCAACUGGUCCCUCAGUUUUUCAGCAUUUGAAGGACAUUGCUUCACUUAUUGAGACCGGAGCAUAUGCUCGUGAGGUUAGGAGGAUUGCCAGAGCUGUGAGAUUGACUAUGGCGUUGAGGAAGAAGCUUAAGGCUUCUACCCUAACUGCUUUUCUGAAUUUUAUCCUUUCACCUGGAUCGGAGGUGCAUUCACGCUUAUCUUCCUAUCUGCCCAAGGGGGAUGAGCAUGAUAUGGAAGUUGAUACUGCAACUUCAGCAACUCAAGCCCCUGUAAAACACUCUGUGCCAGAACUUGAGAUUUAUUGCUACUUGCUUGUUCUUAUAUUUCUUAUUGAUCAGAAGAGGUACAGUGAGGCUAAGGCUUGUUCUUCAGCAAGUAUUGUUCGUCUGAAAACCUUGAACAGGAGGACCGUUGAUAUUCUAGCUUCUAGGCUCUACUACUACUACUCUUUGAGCUAUGAACUUACUGGUGAUCUUGCUGAGAUUAGAGGUGAUCUCCUUGCUUUGCACCGCAUUGCAACACUGCGCCAUGAUGAGCUGGGCCAGGAAACAAUUCUUAAUCUGUUACUGAGGAAUUACCUUCACUACAAUCUGUACGACCAAGCUGAGAAAUUGAGGUCAAAAGCACCCCGAUUUGAAGCUCAUUCAAAUCAGCAGUUUUGUCGAUACCUCUUCUAUCUUGGAAAGAUCAGGACUAUUCAGUUGGAAUACACUGAUGCUAAGGAGUCUCUCCUUCAAGCAGCUCGGAAAGCUCCCUCUGCAGCUCUUGGUUUCCGAGUUCAAUGCAACAAGUGGGCUGUUAUUGUCCGCUUAUUGCUUGGAGAGAUCCCUGAGAGAACUGUUUUUAUGCAGAAAGGAAUGGAGAAAGCAUUAAGGCCAUACUUUGAGUUAACUAAUGCUGUUCGUAUAGGAGAUUUAGAAUUAUUCAGGCAAGUAGCUGAGAAGUUCUCAAGCACUUUCAGCAAGGACCGGACUAAUAACUUGAUUGUAAGGCUCCGACACAAUGUCAUCAGGACUGGGCUACGUAAUAUCAGUAUUGCAUACUCUCGAAUCUCGUUGGCUGAUGUUGCAAAGAAGUUGAGGCUGGAUUCUGCGAACCCUAUAGCUGAUGCUGAAAGUAUAGUGUCUAAAGCAAUUCGAGAUGGGGCUAUUGAUGCCACAUUGGAUCGCACUAAUGGAUGCAUGGUAUCCAAGGAGACUGGAGACAUUUAUUCCACCAAUGAGCCUCAGAUUGCUUUCAACUCAAGAAUUGCCUUCUGUCUUAACAUGCAUAAUGAGGCAGUGCGUGCCCUUCGAUUCCCACCUAAUUCCCACAAGGAGAAGGAAAGCGCUGAGAAGAGGAGAGAGAGGCAGCAACAAGAACAAGAACUCGCCAAGCACAUAGCUGAAGAGGAUGAUGAUGACUUCUAAAGAAUUGCUUAUCAGCUGCAGCUUCUAAGUGCACCUGCAAGAUGCCUGGUUUUCAUUAUUGCAUCAUAUCAUCAGACUAAGAAGGAUGUUCUUAUUUUUGUGUAUUAAACUGUACUCAUCUGACUAAGACGGAUGUUCUUUGACUUCCUUUUACUUCCCUUUAACUUCACUGCAGAAUCAUACUUGUGCUAUUGAUUUGGAAUUUAAACAUCA